AUGGACGUGGGUGCCUAUCUCUCCCGGAUCGGGUACCAGGGCCCGACGGAGCCCACCCUGGAGACGCUGCGGGGGCUGCACCGUUGCCACCUGUUCUCGGUGCCCUUUGAGAGCCUGAGCGUGCACUGUGGGGAGCCCAUCACCCUGGCGCUGCCCCUGCUCUACGACAAGAUCGUCCGGCGGCGGCGCGGCGGCUUCUGCUACGAGAACAACGGGCUCUUCCUGUGGCUGCUGCGGGCGCUGGGCUUCUGCGUCGUGGGGCUGGCCGGCCGCGUCCGGAACCGCUUCACCGGGCGCCUCGGGCCGCCCUGCGACCACCUGGUGCUGCUGGCCCGGCUGGGGGGCCAGCGCUUCCUGUGCGAUGUGGGCUUCGGGGACGGCUUCCUGGAGCCCCUGCGGCUGGAGCCGGGCCUGGAGCAGCCGCAGGAGGGCGGCACCUUCCGGCUGGGCCUGGCGGGGGGCGUCUGGGCGCUGGAGCGGCUGUGGGCGCCGGGCGAGGAGGGGCAGAUGCUCUACACCUUCACGCUGGAGGAGCGGGAGCUGGGAGACUUCGCCGCCAUGUGCUGCUACCACCAACAGGCCCCCAGGUCCAUCUUCGCCUGCAAGUCCUUCUGCAGCCUGCCCCAGCCGGGCGGCGGCCACCUCACCUACAUGGGCUGGCGCCUCAUCGCCACGCGGGGCGGGGAGCGCACGGAGACCCCCCUGCAGCCCCACGAGAUCCCCGCCCUGCUGCAGAGCGCCUUUGGGGCCCAGCUGAGCGGGACCCUGGUGCCCAAGGACCAGGACAUACAGUCAUCCCCCGAGGGGGAGGAGAUGGGGCCAGCUCCCCCCCACUGA